CCAGCAGCGGUUCACGGCCGUCGAGAUGGCCACGAUUAUAAGUCUUUUGAGCCAUCCAUCACAGGCCCUACGACGUUUUGUUUCUCUCUUGUUCAAGGUCUAUGGGUUAUUUGGUGUCGUCCAGUUAGAGUAUUUGUCUUGUCUUUUAAUAAUCCCCCUCACGGUCUAUCAACACACGGUCAACAUCGGCUUUCCUUUUCGAAACAAUUCCAGUCAACAGCAAGCCGGACUUGCUCGCAACCAGUCAAUCAUUUUCGCAUACGAAAACAAAACAAACCAAACCAAACAAUCGGACGAAAAUCGCUCGUCAAAUUCUUAAUACUAGUAUCUGGCUCCGAAGAGACUGGGGGCUUUGGUUCUUCGGCACAACAACCCCGAACCGUCCCGUCGAGCUUGCCUUGUGUGAGAAGCGAGUGCGGAUUUGCGAGCUUCUGGACUUGGACCAGGACUUGGGAGACCCCGGCUUGUGACCCUCCCGCUUUCGCUCGGCCCAGAAGAUCAACAAGGUCGACAGUCCACACCCACCCCCCAGCCACCCCUACCCUUUACUCUCACGCCCCCCUUACCGGGUACCCCUGGAGAUUGCCUCUGCACGCAGGUACCUGCCUUGAAUAGGUCCCGAGGAUACAAAUGUCAACACAACCCCCCAACGGUCACCACCACCGAGAGGAACUCAUGAGAGCAUCGCAAGCCAACAUGGCCGUCGCACAGCCAACAAAGACCAAAUCGGCCCCUAAGGCUACCAACAAUGCCGCCUCAAAGCAAAAGGCACAGAUGCAUCGCCGCUCCAGAACAGGCUGCUACACUUGCAGACUGCGAAGGAAGAAGUGCGACGAGGGCACCCCCAUGUGCUCGGCGUGCAAGCAUCUCGGCCUCGUCUGCGAAUACAAGCGACCAAUGUGGUGGAGCAACAACGAUGCACGCAGGAAGCACAAGGACGACAUCAAGAUGAUCAUCAAGAGGAAGAAGCUGUCCGAGAAGGCCUCGCACUCGCAUGCACACACAAUACAGACCUCCAUGCCUUCGCCACCGGGCCUGUCGCAUUCGCUCCCCACAUCAGCGACCUUCUCAGACCCCCUUGAUCGCACGAGGUCUCAGUCGAUUGAUUCGCAGUUCGGCUUCGACUUCAACAGCCCGCCACAAGUCACCGAACCAUUUGCGUACAACACACAGAUGCACCCGGAUUUCGUCUUCAGCGGCAUGUCUCCCUAUGCACCUUACGAGGUAGACGUCAAGACGGAGCGACAAAUGUUUGUCAACGAUGUGCCCACCCUGAGGGAGACCUCAACAUCGACCUUCAGCACCUACACCACCCCCCCACCUCCGGGUACCAUGCUUCCUUCCUCAUUCCCCAUUGAUGGCGAGUGGACGGAGCAGGUCAACUUCGAGAGGAGGGAGUCGCUGGCUGAAGAGACCCUGAACUGCAACUUCUUUGACUUCGCUCACGGCCCUACAAUGGACACCAGGCAAGUUGCCAUUGAGCUUGAUGACAGCGACCAAAGGCUCCUGGAUCACUUCAUCCAGUUCGUGCUUCCAACCUUGUUCCCUGUUCUGGAAUCAAAUCAGCACGGAUCCGUCGGCUCGGACCUCAUCCUACCCGCCCUGCAGAGCAACAAGGGCUACCUGCACUGCUGCUUGAGUAUCGCGGCUCAGCACUACAAGGCCAUGAUGACUCAAAAUGGCGAUGUGGAUGCCGAGAUGCUGCAGCAGAUCGACAGCGACAUCAUGCGCCACAGGUACUCGACCAUCUCUUCGCUCUGCGACGCCCUCAACAAGGACGAGGACCACCAGGAGAUCCUUGACGCCGCUCUGGGCCUCAUCUUUUUCCAAUGCUGUGUCGGCCGUUUUGACGACGCGCUCCCCGAUAUCGCCUGGCACCAGCACUUCCAAGCUGCCAUUUCACUCGUGCAAAAGCUCGACCUGCCCCACAUGGUCUCAGACGAGCAUCAUCCGCUCUCCCAGACACCCUUCAGCAUGACACUCACCGCGUGGAUUGACGUGCUCGGUGCGACAAUGAUGGGUCGUGCACCCACCUUUGCCCACACUUACCGCGAGAAGCACCUGUCCCAGGUCAACCACUCGCUUGGCCUCCGUGAGCUCAUGGGCUGCGAGGACCGCGUCAUGUAUCUCAUAAGCGAGAUCGCCUGCCUAGAAGCACUCAAGCGCGAUGGCAUGGAUGACAUUACCUUGUGCCAACACGUACAUGUUCUCGGUGACCAGAUUGGCUUCACGGAGAUGGGCGAGACCGGCCCCAAGAUGCCCUUCAACGCCAACGGCACUCUGAGCCCCAAGCAGCUGUCAAAGAACAUGACACAGGCUUUCCGCCUCACAGCGCGCAUCUACCUCUGCAGUCUUGUACCGGGGUUCAACCCGUCCCAGCCCAGCUGCAUCGACCUUGUCGAGCGUCUGACGAACGUCCUGCAGCACAUCCCCUCCGGGCCCGGUGGAUUUGACCGUUCCCUGGUCUGGGUCUACCUGCUCGGUGGGUCCAUGAGUGGUGUCGGCUCAUCGUUCCGGACCUUUUUCGAAGACCGCGUCGCCCAGCUUGGCGACCAGGCGGAUUAUGGCUCAUUUGGCCGCGUGGCUUCCUUGCUUCGUGAGGUGUGGGCCCGCAAUGCUGGCCUUGCUUGCUCGCCGAGCACUGCCACCAGCGCGGCGGCUGGCAUCAAGCCCGAGGAAUCGCAGCAGCAGGGACAGCAGGCGUUUGUCCACUGGAGGGACGUGAUGCAGAUGAAGGGCUGGGAUUUCCUGCUCAUCUAGAUGAUGUUGCGAAGGGAUACCCUGAUAUCUGUGCCAGCGCCUGCUGCAACCACUCGUUUUUGCCCCUGUUCCUGACGGUGGCGACUGGAGCGAUGCAGGGUAUCGCUUCCUUGUCUACACGCAUACCGACUUUCGCUUCAACUUAUACCCCUUCUUUAUUUUGAGAUUUUGACCGAAGACCCUAGAGGCUGCCGCAAGGCAAAAUUGAGAUGAGUGGACUUCAUCAAUGAUACCUAACUUCUUGGACGACACUGGACCUUCAACGGAUGACCGCAGCUGGACUGGAAAGCUGCGCUUUUGGGUUUUUAUUUUGGAUUGUUUUGGACAAUGAUAUGGAUAGGCAACGGCACCGGUUGCAAGCGAGAUACGGACGGGUGAACAAUGCCUUGGAGCUUGACGUGAUGGAUGAUAAGACGAACCUCGUUGCUGUGAUUUACCCCGGUUGCUCGUCAUCAAUUGGUUUUCUUCUCGGUAUACCAGAGCAUCACAUGGGGCCAGGAGUUUUUUUUCGCUGUGUGUUUUGGACGAAUGGAGACUGCCGGUGUUUUCUGGGAUACCAGUCCAGUUGUUUGGAACAACAUCUUGGAGCAUUUGGAAUUGCGUCUGGAAAAAGACAAAGAGAUACAGGACAUCAGGCGAGUGCGCCGUUUCCAUGUCUCUUGGGAGUCGGCCGGCCUUUAAACUGGUCGCCAAUGUGUAAUUUAAGUCGAUAAAUACCCUCCCAAACAAGAAAAGAAAUCACAAUAUUUGAAUGAG